AUGAUGCUGGAGAUGCCGGAGUACAAGGUCCAGGGAAUGGCACAGGGAGAGGCUGCAGACAGGAUGAUGCAGAACUUCAACACCACGAUGGAGGGACUUUCUUCUUCACUGCUCCACUUCACUGACCAGGCCUACAGCCUGCUGGUUCCAAAACUCAGGACUCUGGGCUUGUGCAACUCGAUCUGCAACUGGAUCCUGGAUUUCCUGAUGGGCAGAACUCAGGUGGAGGAAACCGGCAACAGUAUCUCCUCUGCAGUGAUCCUCCACUCUGGAGCACCCCAGGGCUGCUAUCUCAGUCCUGAGCUGUACUCCUUGCUCACCUACGACUGUACAGCCACUUAUAGCACCAACCACAUCAUUAGGUUUGCAGGCGACACCACUAUUAUUGGGCUGAUCAACGACAACAACAACGAUGAGUCCGCAGACAGAAGUGAGGUGGCGCACCUUACAAGACGGUGCCUUGACAACAGUCCGGCCCUGAGUGUCAACAAGACAGAAGAACUCAUUGUGGACUUCAGGAGACCCAGGGGGAGUCACGCCCCAACCCGCAUCCAGGGCCCAGCAGUGGAAACUGUCAGCUGCUUCAGGUUCCUCAGCCUGCAGAUCUCCACCAGCUUGAACGUGACCCAGGCGUUGAUGAACUGCAGCGACAUUUUCCACUUCCUGUCCAUGAUGAGGAACGUCACGGGCGAGCUGGAGUGCUUCCUGCGGGCGUUCAUCGCCCCCGUGUCGUGGGACAUGCUGGCGGGGAAUGGGAGCGGGCUGUCCCCCGACCAGUUCCGACUGCUCCUGUGGGGCUCCCAGCCCCUGCUCCUGGGGCCACGGGCCAACCUCAGCCUCCCCAGCCAGCUGCCCAGGCAGCACCUGGAGCUGAUGAUGGGAAUGUUCCACGACGUGUUUGAGUCACUCUCUCCUGACAUGCGGAACGACGUUCUCAAGUGGAUCAGACCACGUCUCGUCCAGAGCUUCUUCAACUGCUCCCUGGGCAGUCCCAGAUCCACACCCAAGCUGGGCACAGAUUUUCGAUUCUGCCAGUUCUUCCAGAGCCCCAAGUUCCCAGACUCCUUCACCGGUACCGGACCCCUGAACCCUGAGGUGGGCCGCAGACUGCUGGACCAGCUGCGAUCCCACUGCCUUAACACCAGCCAGGACUCGGACGACCUGACCAGGCUGGGCUCUCUGACCUGUUUCUAUGAUGAUCUUCAGCCCCCCAGUGACUCUCUCAGCCAGAAGAUUCUGUCUCACCUCCAAGUCUGUAACAACUCGAGAAUUGACAAGGUCAAGCAGCUUCUGGUGAAGAAGGUGUUGGGCUCUGGGCCUGUGACCCAGCAGGUCCUGCAGUCUCUGGGCUCAGUGGCGUCCUCUCUCUCCGUGUACCAGCUGUCCAACCUGAAUCUGUCCAGCAUCAGGGACAGCCUGUCCUCCCUAGGGGCUUUGCGCUGGAACCCUGCGCAGGCCAAGGCCCUGGCUAAUAAGCUGAUGCAGGACGUUAAGUCUGCCCUGCUGGUGAGAAACAUUUUGGGAUCGAAGCUUAAUCUCCAGGACAUCAAAAAGCUGGGCCAGGCCGUGCAAGGCGUGACCUGCACGACGAUUGACAGCGUGGGCAACAGCAGUGUGCAGGAGACCACUAACACACUGGUGCAGAGCGAGGCCUGGCUCUCCAAGUCACAGGUGAGCUGUAUUGCGAAGAAGCUGUUCUCCUACCUGGGUAAUCUCCGACAGAACUACUUCUCCAACAUUUCUGACUCUGAGCUCCGAGCCAUUCCAGCUCUGAUCCUUCUGCACCUGCCUCCGGAGAAGCUGGCCGGCCUCCCGCCGGCAGUGUGCUCCCAGUUCCUGGAGAAGGUGGCACAGAUCAACCUGACUGCCAUUCCGCACAGCUCCCUCACGCGCCCGGCCCUGAGAGAGCGCGCCCUGGCCUGCCUGGGCAAAAAUGUGACGUCGCUGACCGGGCAGGAUGUCUUGAAACUCGGGCCCCUCCUGUGUGAACUGGGGCCCCAGAACCUCUCUCUCCUGUCCCAGGAGGCCCUCAACGCCAGCCUCUCCACCCUGGCACAGUGCCGACAGCUCAACGCCAGCCGGAGAGAGGCGCUCUUCGGCCGGAUACAGAGCAUCUAUGGGGAUCCUUCCACCUGGACCUCAAGCAUGAUGGCAACACUGGGACCCUUCCUGCUGCUGAACGACACUGCCCUUCGCUCACUGCCCAGCAAGACCUGGCUGAAAACUACCCUGCUGGACCUCCUGGACACCCUGCCCGCUCCCCCAUCAGGGCCGACAGCCACAGAAUACAGCAGCCAGCUGAACUUGACAGCACUGCGCUGGAAGCUGUACUCUCUCAUCACAGCGCCCCCUGGCAGUAUGCGCAAGAGACGCGCAGUCUCCAGCACUCCCACGCUGCAGCAGAUCCUGGAGUUGGGCGACAGCAAUGUCUUCUGGACCCCAGAGCAGCUGGCCUCCAUGACCCCUGAGACCUUCAAGGACAGCCUGUCCACUCUGGGGACGGUCAAGGGGUUCAGCGUGGAGCAGCUGGCCGCACUGCGCAACAAGUCUGUCCAGGCCUGGGGAGUCCCCUCCUCCCUGACCGCAGAGCAUCUCCUCCAGCUGGGCUGCUUGGCUCAGGGCUUCUCCCCCUCCGAGCUGCGCUCCCUCAACCUGUCGGUGGACACUGUGGAGACGCUGUCCACCUGCAACUGGACACAGGCUCAGACCUGGACAGAAGCUGUGGUCAGCGAAGUCGGGAACGUCAUCGCUGGUCUCAGUGCUUGGGAGCUGCAGGUCCUGAUCUCCUCCGUCCUCCCCUUCAUCUCCGCCUCGGCCAUUCCCCUCAUCCCGCCGGAGCGCCUGGCAGCCAUCGGAAACUCGGAACACGGUCCACUGUCGUGUGGGCUGGUGUGA